AUGAAGUACUCGGUUGAAUCUACGCCGACGGCAGCCAGCAGUCUCCAUCCUCAUCUACACACUUCAUUAACUAUCGAACAACCUCAGACAAACUGUUACUUCGACCUUCUCUACGAAUUGCCACCAAGUGUAUUUGUGGAUCCUAACCAACUUACUAGCCUUUAUCGUCAAGUUGCGGUGUACGGCGAGACUGAUUUGGAAGCACCACUGGAACAUGUUCAAGAAAAACGGGGUAGUGUAGUCCAUCUACGCUUCUCUUCAUUACCUUCUGAAGUAGAUCUUCCACUUCAUCUACGCUACCAAAGUCCUUCAAUUUACAGCAGCUAUCGUCCUAUUACCAUUCCUCGCCCUCUCGCAGGCUGGACCUGCACCAAUUCACCAGGAUUUCCUCCAUUGUUGACGAAUACACUGACCCUCCUUCCGCACAAUACGUCAUAUGCUACAUUUGACCCUAUUCCUCAAGAAAAUUCUAAAUUAACGCUUCAAGUACCCGUAGGUCGUGUAGGGGAUAUGAGUAUUGUUGAAAUAGGCACACUUGGAUGUGUAACCUUGGGUACUUUGUGGAUUAUGGUUGCAUUGUGGGCAUCAAUCAUCAAAAGACGCCGAUACGAAGCCAAAGGCAAGAGAAGAAAGUCAGAAUAA